AUGGCGCCGGCGCUGCAGCUGCUGGGGCUGCUGGGGUUACUGGGGCUGCUGGGCGGCCUCCCGCUGCGGGGCGGCGGCGGAGGGGCGGCGGCGGGAAGCGGGUGGCGGGGGGGGGCCGAGCCGUGCCAGGCACCGCGGCAGUGGGAAGGGCGCACCGUGUCCUACGAGCACGGAACGGGCCGCAACACCCGGGCCGCCGUCUCCUACGACGGCCCCAACCAGCGCCUCCGCAUCCUGGAGGAGAGGAAGGCCCUCAUCCCCUGCAAGAAGUAG